AUGCCGCCCAAGAACGUUUCCACCCGCCUCAACCCGAUCCGGUUGAACACCAUCAACCACCUGCGUGUUCGCCGACCCAACGAGAACGAGCAGAACAACUGCGUGACGAUCAUGUCGGCGAUGCUGAACUGCUGGGCUUCCCAGGGCUACAACUCCGAAGGCUGCGCUGCGAUGGCUACACAACUCCGCGCAUGCAUGGACGCACCGAAAAAGCAGGAGAAGAAGAAGAACACCGUCAACUACCACCUGAUGAGAAUGUACCCCAAGGUUGUUGGGCCACGGAAGAAGGACGGUGUGCUGGGCUAG